UCCAGUUGAGAUUAUUAAUUGUCGCUUAAUUAUCGGUUUUCCUCAUUUAUGUGAAGAAACUGAGUGUCAUUCGAUGAUGGAGGAAGAUCAAGUGCCCUUUAAUGACACAUUUCCACCUGGUUUUAGGUUCCAUCCAUCUGAUGAGGAACUCAUAGUUCAUUACUUGAAGAAGAAGAUCAACUCACAUCCACUUCCAGCACCUAUUGUUGCUGAAAUUGAUCUUUAUAAGUUCAACCCAUGGGAGCUACCAGAGAAAGCCUUGUUUGGGGAGGAUGAGUGGUACUUCUUCAGCCCGAGAGAUAGGAAAUACCCAAAUGGGUUAAGGCCAAACAGGGCAGCAGCUUCUGGGUAUUGGAAGGCCACAGGAACUGACAAGCCAGUUUUCACUCGCUGUGGAUCGAAGUUCAUGGGAGUGAAGAAAGCUUUGGCUUUUUACUCAGGUCGUCCACCUAAAGGGACUAAGACAGAUUGGAUCAUGAGCGAAUAUAGAUUGCUCGACACAACUAGAAAACCUUCUAGGUUCAAAGGUUCCAUGCGUUUGGAUGAUUGGGUGCUAUGUCGGGUUCGAUAUAAAGGCUCUUCAUCAAAUCAUAGCGGACAGUAUCAGGAGAAUCAGAGCGGGUCAAAAUUGAACCUACCAACAAUCACAGAUUAUCAAAUCUUAGCUUUUGUUCUUGCCGAUGAACCUAAGCUUCCCUCUGACAACACGACUGGUAUGAACUUUAGAAGCAGCAAAGGCAACACCUACACUUCAUUGAGUCCUCAGAUGACAAUCCCUUCUUUGGACUUCAAUUGCUUUGACUUGCUGAAAAUAACGUCUAAUGAGGAUAGUCAACGUGGAAAUCUCAUUUCUUUUAACAGCAAGCCAAACCAUGAGCACAGGAUUGAUAAUCUUCCAGAUAGAAACUGCUAUAGCCAAAGUCAGUGUAAUGAGGGAACUCUUGGCCAGAGAAUACUGCAUCCCAUCAUCAAUUUUCAAGAACUGAAAGGAUUACCCUUUACAGGAAGGUUCACGCAAUAA